UUCAGUGAGGCGUGCGCCUUGCGCCUCGAUAACACUGGCUGAACCGGUUACGAGCAAAUCCUACACCCGACCCCUGCGCAGUUCAUCGUUCUCUUCGUAUAUUGCUGCUACAAUCUUAACUAGGGUUAGGGUUUUCGAUUUCUCUGCUUCAAUGGAGAUAUUGGGAUCAGAAGGCGAGCUCUCCUCAGGCUACAAGCUCGUUCCUUGGUCGAGUUGGGACCAGUGGCACUUCGUCAGAGAAUCCCUAUUCUCCUCUUCGCCCGAUUCAGUGGCCAAAGCUCUUCAAAGGAUUAGCGCCUGGAGGAGUAGAGGUUGCCUCCCCGUUCCCAUCGAUGUGACCGCUGCAAUUGUGGAAAUUCAACAGAAAGAUCCCUUCUUCAGAGAAGGGAUUUCUAGUGAUGCUCUGAACUCGGAGGAGUUGUUAGCGAUGCUCUACUCUAUGGCGAUUAUGAGGCUUGUGAAUUGUUUUGUUGAGCCUGCACACAAGAAAACAGGGCGGUCAAUAUCCGAGUUGGCUGAUGUAGUUGGUAUCCCGCGGAUGUUGGUGGAUAUUCGUCAUGAGAGUUCUCACCGGAAUCUUCCUUCACUUCGUUUGGUCCGCAUGGCUAGCACGAAGGCUUUAGACUGGUUAAAAUCCAAUUAUUGGGAGCCUCAAAGAAGUGUAAUUCCUGACGUUCGGAAGGAAGUAAGAUUGAGACUACAUGAGAUGAGUUUUUAUCUGAAAAAUAAGCAUGCAGAAAGGUCUAGUUCUUCACAAGGCAAGCCAAAACGUUGUAAGCGGUCAGGAGUAUUAAUGAGAUGCAACAAACUAUCUUCACAGCUUGUUGGGAAACUGCAGGCCUCAAAUUCUGAUGUCUCCGACAAACGGCUUUCCAAGAUAACAAAAAGAAUCACUCGGCUAUACUCUUCAUAUCCCUCAGAAGUUGUAGCAGUGCUUUUGGAGUAUUUCCAUUUGCAAGUGCCUGAUUUCUCAAAGGGCACGAACAUGGAAUGCUCUGAUGAUUUGAAUGUGGAUGAUUCAGGACCCCAUUUAGAGACAGUGUUCGGUUUAAAGACAAUAAUUACCAAACUAUCAAGUAAGACACCUGGGUUAAUACUCAGCUUACUGAAGACUCUCCUAGAAAUGAUAGAAGCCAAGGAAUCCACUCAAUCUGAGAAAGAUGGAUGCUGUUUUCUUUCAUCGAAGCACCAGAGCGAGAUAGCUGACACCAAUCGUCUCUGUUCUCUUGUUCACUGGCUUCUCAUGCGACUGAAAUCUUUGAAGGAUUCUGGUAGAAUAGGAAUUAUUGGCAAAUCCCUCGAAACCUCAACAGACAAACAUGCUUCUCCAAAUGUUUCGCUAACAAAACUCCUUCACAAGGUCCUGUCUCAAUCAAUUGUGGACGACAAUCACCUCUCAAGCUCAGUAUUGCUUCUUGCUCAAAUGAUUGGCAACACUUCUUUAACUUUAAAACUGAAGAAGCUCCCUUUGAUGGCAACGCAACACCAAGAUUUCGAAGAUGAAUCUCCCUUUGAAAGUUCACUGAAGAAGCUCCCUUUGAUGGCAACGCAACACCAAGAUUUCGAAGAUGAAUCUCCCUUUGAAAGUUCCGAGAAAAUGCUUUUACGAGAGGAGGCAUGUGUUAAACAAGCAAAAGAGAAGCUGGAGCUUUUCAAGUCACAAUUAAGGAACCGAAAUGCUACAAAUUCAACAAAAUCAAAUGCAAGCGAUCGAAUGUGGAGCGUUGCUAAAUCUUGGACUCCAUGUCCAAUUGGCAUGGUACCUUGUUCAUUUAGUUCUACUGCAGUUCUUCCUGUUGUUGAUGAGGUUGAUGAUACCUUAGACCCCGAAGACAUUGAAACAGAUACAGGUAAUUUUGUGAAUGGCCGUGUUUCUCCGAAAAGAGUAUCAGGUGAAGCUGCUGUUGACAGUGGAAGUGGCAGUAAAAGGCAAAGGAUGACGAGAGAAGAACAAGAAUUGGAUUUUGCAGAGAUAUCGUCUCCUAUGAAAGAUAGAUUGUUGAUUAAUGGCAUUUGGACGAAAGUUAGUGAAGAAGAGUUGCUUGAUAUUGAGUCCAAUAUCAGAAUUUUUGUCAAUUGACUGUAAGAUUAUAUUGUAACUUAUAUAAUUAUUAUGAUAGGCAGAUAUCUAUAUAUUUUUUAUUUGGAAA